CCAUUUGGCCACGAAACGAGAAGGCUUCAAAUUUAUUCCUGAAAAAACUCUGUUUUUCAUUGCCAUGGACGCCACCAGCGGCAGCAGCAUGCACUUCGUGAUGAUGCCAUGGCUAGCCGUCGGCCACAUCCUCCCCUUCACGGAGCUCGCGAGGCGCAUAGCUCUGCAAGGCCACCGGGUCACUCUGCUCUCGACGCCGAGGAACACCCGUCGGCUCAUUGACAUCCCUCCGGAUCUCGAUGGCCUUGUCCACGUCGUGGACGUGCCCCUGCCUCGCGUUGAGCGCUUGCCGGAGGACGCCGAGGCGACCAUGGACCUCCGCUCCGACGAUCUGCGGCCGUGCCUGCGCCGAGCCUACGACGCCGCAUUCUCUGCCAAGCUUUCAAAGAUCCUGCAGGGUCCGGAGCCGUCCAGCAGGCCUGACUGGGUGCUCAUUGACCACGCGGCGUACUGGGCGCCCGCGGCCGCCGCGAGGCACGGCGUGCCGUGCGCGUUCCUGAGCGUCAUGGGCGCCGCGUCGCUUGGCUUCUUCGGCCCCCCGGAGGCGCUCAUGGGUCGCGCGGAGCACGCGAAGACCAAGCUGGAGCACCUCACCGCCGUCCCCGACUACGUGCCCUUCCCGACCACCGUCGCUUACCGCGUCCACGAGGUCCGCGCGAUGUUCAAGAAGGGCAUCAUCCCGGAGGACGGCGAGGUAUCGGAUGGCUACCGGAUGGCCAAGUCCAUCGAAGGGAGCCAGCUCGUGGGGGCCAGGAGCAGCAGGGAGUUGGAGCCGGAGUGGCUGCAGCUGGUCGGCGAGCUCUACAAGAAACCGGUGAUCCCGCUCGGGCUGUUGCCUCCGCCACCAACACAAGACGCCGGCGGCGCCGGCCACGGCCACGAGGCAACGCUGCGGUGGCUCGACAGACAGGCGCCGCGCUCCGUCGUGUACGUGGCCUUCGGCAGCGAAGCCAAGCUGACGAGCGCACAGCUGCAUGCAGUAGCGCUCGGCCUGGAGGCUUUCGGCGUGCCGUUCCUCUGGGCAUACAGGGCGCCGGCGGACUCCGACGCGAGUGGCAGCGCAGCCGGGUUGCCGGAAGGCUUCGAGGAGCGGGUCAGCGGCUGGGGACUCGUCUGCCGCGGCUGGCUGCCUCAGGCCAGGCUCCUGGCACACAGAUCGGUCGGGGGGUUCGUGACGCACGCCGGCUGGGGCUCUGUCGCGGAGGGCCUCGCGCGCGGCGUCAGGCUAGUGAUGCUGCCGCUUCUGUUCGACCAUGGCCUCAACGCCAGGCAUCUGGUGGAGAAGAAGUUGGGCGUCGAGGUGGCACGGGAUGAGGACGAUGGCUCGUUCACGGCUGAAGACGUUGCAGCUGCUCUGAGGAGGGUCAUGGUGGGGGACGAAGCCCAGGAGCUCGGGGCAAAGGCCCAGGAGCUCGCUCAAGUAGUCGGAAAUGACGAAGUGAAUGAUCAGUGCGUGCGAGAUUUCCUCCGCUGCCUGUCGGAAUACGGCACCGGCAGCGGCAGGCAGCAACAAGGAAUCAAGGAUGAUAGUUCCGUUCAAACCGCUACACACGACGCGACGGUCAUUGUUUCCGAAGCCACUCUCCGUGCGGAGAGUUCAACAUCCCUGUAAUGUAAGGCUGCAAGAUUGCCCAGCGCCUACACACACACCACCGUUAUUGUGUCUGAAGCUACUCUCCAUCCGGAGAAUUCUGUAAUAUGGGAGCCGUUUGUACUCCUGUCAGCUAGAUGCUGCUAAUAAAAUCGUUUGUUGUCAAGAAAAAAAAAACAACCCCUUUAGUUGGCCAAUGCAACUAAAACUAGUUAAUGCUAUAAGAAUUAAAUUCAAACAACU